GCCUGGUCACCGUUUUUUCUUCCACCCCUCUGUUUGUAACAAUCCUGCGGGCGUCACUUUAUUGGCAUUGAUUCCAUCGCCAUUGUUGAGAUAAUUGCAACGGCCGUUCACCCGACCUCAAUUGGCUGAUUUGUGGUGACCUGUGAAUAGAUUCAUAUAGCCACUGGCACAAUUGUCUUGCAGACCUUCGUCCUCUUUGCACUUUACACUCGCCAAAUCGUGCCUCCUCACUUACAUAAUGCCUCGAGGUAGGCCCUCCACAAGUGGCCGUCAGAGCCUUAAUGGCACUGAGCGCUCUACCCGUUCAACGUCAGCUGCAAGCAGGGCUGACUCUGAUGUAUCUGUUGAACCACUUCACGCACGGCUAAGCAAACCCAGGGGCCGCAGAUCAACUUUGAAUUUGGUGGAGAACGAUAACUCAUCCCGUGCAUCAUCCACCGCUGCCACAAGAAGAAGUUCUCGACGGAGUGGUAUUAUGGCUGCUGAGAGCGAGCCAGUUUCGUCAGUGGCUACACCAGUUGACAGCUUAUCUGAUGAGGGUGAAGUUGAUACCCCAGAUACAAGUCAGAACCCAACCCCAAGUGGACUACUACAAAAUGCCAACCCAGGAAAGAAGGGAACUUAUAUUGAAGUGCAACUCCCGAGCCUCCCCCCACUGGCACAAAGUCACGCGAGUGCAGAGCCAGAUCGACUAGAAGACAACGCUGACGAUACCGAUGAGCUUGCUACCAAGUCUGUCUCUUCGAAAGGCAAAGCAGCCGCAUUACCGGUCGCCAGACGCCAGAGCGGACGUUUUUCUGCUGCACUCCCUACUCGAACUUCUACCAAGCGGCAACGUGCAUCAACCUUGUCAUCACCUGCCACCCUGCCCCCUACAAAACGUAAUAGGAUAGUUCCUGAUUCAGAUGAGCCAUCUGGGUCAGAGAUUGAUAUCGAUGCUGAGAUUGCUGCCGCCGCUGCACUCAACGUUGACGAUGACGUCGGAAUGCUUGUCACUGAAGGCUCGCCUACAGUUCCAGAUUCAGACACAUCAAGCGAAUUAUCUGACCUAGAAGAUAUUGAUACUGGUUCUGCGUUCGAGAUUGACAGCGAAGAUGAGCCUCUGUCAAAGGGUAAAGGCAAGCAAGUAGCAAAACCUCGAUCUGCUCGAACACCGAAACCUGCCGCUAGUAAGACUAGAGCUCGUAAAGCAAAAGUGGCUUCGACUGCAGCAUCAGUUGUAUCCGAUGUUGAUAUGGAGAGCGAUUCUGACUUUGUUUCAGAAGCUGUAUCUGACGCCAGUGACGCAGACUCAGCUUCCAGUAACGAUGACGAGGCUAAUGGCGAAGCAAGUGGAAACUCAUUACGCCGAAUUGCAGCUCAGAGACGGGCAUACAGGCGUCCCGAAAACAAGAAGCGUGUCAGGAAGGAACGAGAUCGUCUGGAAGCCAAUCAUCCGGAACUCAAGACUAUGUGGACUGAUCUGGAAAAUAUGCCAAUCCUUAAAGCAGGAAUGAUUGAGCAGCCUAAGUCGAUAUCUCGUCAACUCAAACCUUUCCAGCUAGAAGGCGUCGCCUGGAUGAAGGCCAUGGAGAAGCAUGAAUGGAAAGGAGGUUUAUUAGGAGAUGAAAUGGGCCUUGGAAAGACGAUCCAAGCCGUAUCCCUCAUCAUGUCGGACUAUCCAGCAAAACAACCCUCGCUGGUUCUAGUUCCCCCUGUUGCACUGAUGCAGUGGCAAUCAGAAAUCAAGUCAUAUACUGAUGGCACAUUGAAGACGUUUGUCUUCCAUGGUACAAACCAAAAGACAAAGGGCAUGACCAUAAAGGAUCUCAGACAAUACGAUGUCAUCAUGAUGUCUUAUAACAGUCUUGAGUCAAUUUAUCGCAAGCAGCAAAUGGGCUUUAAACGCAAAGAUGGUAUUUAUAAAGAGGAAAGCAUCAUCCACGGCAUCAAAUUUCAUAGAGUCAUCCUUGACGAAGCUCAUUGUAUUAAGACUCGAACUACCAUGACCGCGAAGGCCUGCUUUGCGCUCCAGACCGAAUACAGAUGGUGCUUAACUGGCACUCCACUACAAAAUCGAAUCGGAGAAUUCUUUUCUUUGAUCCGUUUCCUGAAUAUUACGCCAUUUGCGUCAUACCUCUGCAAGCAAUGCUCGUGCGCAAAGCUGGAAUGGAGUGUGAACGAAGAUCACCGCUGCACACACUGCGACCACGGUGCAAUGCAGCAUGUUUCGGUAUUCAAUCAGGAGCUUUUGAAUCCAAUUCAGAAGUAUGGUAAUCAAGGUCCGGGUCGUGAGGCUUUCACGAAAUUACGCCUUAUGACCGACAGGAUAAUGCUGCGUCGACUCAAGAGGGAUCAUACAAACUCCAUGGAGCUUCCAGUCAAGGAGAUUUACGUUGAUCGCCAAUUCUUCGGAGAGGAGGAGAACGAUUUUGCAAAUAGCAUUAUGACGAACGGUCAACGCAAGUUCGACACUUACGUUGCACAAGGUGUUUUGCUUAACAACUACGCCAACAUUUUCGGUCUGAUCAUGCAGAUGCGUCAGGUGGCUGAUCACCCAGACUUAAUUCUGAAGAAGAACGCUGACGGUGGACAAAACAUUCUAGUUUGUUGCAUAUGUGACGAGCCUGCGGAAGACACUGUUCGCAGCAGAUGCAAACAUGAUUUCUGUCGCGCCUGUGUUGCCAGCUAUGUCAAGUCUACAGAAACUCCUGAUUGCCCACGCUGCCAUAUUCCCCUCGCUAUCGACCUUGAACAACCUGAGAUUGAGCAGGAUGAGACUCUCGUGAAAAAGUCCUCCAUUAUCAACCGCAUUAAGAUGGAGAAUUGGACGUCAUCGUCGAAAAUUGAGCUUCUGGUCCAUGAGUUGCACAGGAUGCGGUCAAACAAUGCGACGCACAAAUCCAUCAUCUUUUCUCAGUUUACUACUAUGCUUCAGCUCAUUGAAUGGCGCCUUCGCAGAGCCGGUAUUACAACGGUCAUGCUUGACGGAAGUAUGACGCCGGUCCAGAGGCAGGCAUCGAUUGAGCAUUUCAUGAACAACAUUGAUGUGGAGUGUUUCUUGGUUUCUCUAAAAGCUGGUGGUGUUGCAUUGAACCUCACAGAAGCAUCGAGAGUCUUCAUUGUUGACCCUUGGUGGAAUCCUGCAGCAGAGUGGCAGUCCGCUGACCGUUGUCACCGCAUUGGGCAGACACGCCCUUGUAAGAUUACAAGACUGUGCAUUGAGGAUUCGGUAGAAAGCAGAAUGGUGUUGAUUCAAGAAAAGAAGACGAACAUGAUCAACUCCACGGUCAACGCAGACGACAAGGCUAUGGAAUCGCUCAGUCCUGAAGAUAUGCAGUUUCUCUUCCGCGGUAGCUAGAAGGGUUCAGGCAUAUCUCCAAGUAACGCUGGAAACGAGAACAUCAGUACGCUGUGCGUGACACUGGCCUAGUAGAUGUAGUAUCACAUAGCAUAGUCUAGGUAGCCAUAACAAUUGUGGUGAAUAAUAAUAGGCACGGGGAUUACGGAAUAAUGACGAAACAUGAUUUUUAUAUAAAAGACUAUGUAAAAGCGACUGUUGAAGCGUGCUAUAUACUAGCAGCUACUUUCAAACACCAGUUGUUCAGUCCUCAACGAAGAGUGUAUGGGUUAGCCCAUGAAGAAGAGAAUAUUGGAGGCGUCGCCAAGAGCGAUGCAUGCAAGCAAAUCAUUGAAUGAAAUCAAAUGGUUAAAUGCAAAUUCCAUUAGAGGUUCAGGAGAGCGGUUGCGCCAGGCUCACUGCAGACGUAGAUGCAGUCGUGGGCGUUGGAGAAGCCGUUGAACUGGGUAGCAGAGCACUUGGUGUAGGCCCCCAUGUCCUCAAAGUAGAACCAGUCUCCGACAUCGACAACGCUCUUGAAGUGAACGCUCUCGGAGAUGCGAUCAAUGCCGUCGCAGGUAGGACCCCAGAUAGAGUACUCAAGACCAUCACCGGCAGCGCAGGGGCGAGCAGCGGGGAGGUUGUACAUGGUCUGGCCGGCAGUGCGCAGAAUGUUGGGGACAGGGUGCUGAUGGUCAAACAUGAUGCUGGAAAAGUUUCCGUAGACACCGUCGUUAACGUAGACCAUGUAACCCUUGCCGUUGAGGGAGGGAUCCUCAACAGUACGGCGGGCAAUGACGUUGCAAGCAAUGGUGAAGGCAGUGGCAACAUAGUAGCGUCCAGGCUCGGCAAUAAUGUCAAUGUUAGAUCCCGCGGGGAAGAAUUCGUCGAGAGCUGCGUUCAAGACGCUUGCCAUCUGCUCAAAGGUGUCGCCGGUGAAACCACCGCCGACAUCAAGGGUUCGGAGGUUGAACCCAUGAGCGCGGGCUUCUUCAAAGACGGUAUGGGCAUCACGGACAGCGCCAUAAAAUGCCAUGGGGUCAGAGGCACCGGAGCCAACGUGGAAGCUGACGCCAACGACCUGAAGGCCAAGUUCCUUUGCAAGGGCGAGAAGGCUGUUGGUAGUGUCCAUAGCAGCACCAAACUUCAUACUGAGACGGCACAGGCUAGAGGAGUCGUCCGUCAUGAUGCGGAGGAACAACUCGGCGCCAGGGAAGAGCUUGGCGAUCUUGUAAAGUUCGUCAGCGUUGUCAAAGGUCAUCUGCUUGACGCCAGCAGCCUUGACAUAGCGGACGUAAGAGUUGGUUUUGCAAGGCUGGGCAUAAAUGAUGCGGUCAGGAGUUGUGCCCAUGGCAAGGACCUGCUCGAUUUCGGUCUUGGAGGCGCAGUCAAAGCCGGUGCCAAGUUCAGAGAGGAGACGAAGAACCUGGGGGUCGGGGUUGCACUUGACAGCGUAGAAGGGGCGAAUGCGAGGCAAGUUCUUCUUCCAGCGAAGGUGUUGACGAUAAACCUCUCCGAGAUCAGCAACAAAGAAGGUAUCUUCGUCACCGGGCUCACAGAGUUCAUGGUCGACAGCCUCAACACGCUGGUGAAGGGCUUGCCCGAUCAAGUGCUUGCCAAUAGAGGCCCCAUCGCGGUUGAUAGAGUCGGCCGGUGCAGGAUUUUUCACCGCAAGGUGAUUAUGAUUAUAAGAUUGGGCAUGAUGCUCGACGAGGGCGGAUGCGAUGACCAUAUCCUUGGAUUUAAUCUGCAAGGUUGCUUGAACAAACAAGAGAUGUAAAAAGAAAUACUCAAGCGGUUGCUGAGCGGGUGUUAAGGCGGUCGAAAGGAAUGGCAAGCGUUUCCUUCAGUAGAUGGGCGAGGCCUGCUCGACUCUUCCUCGGAAAGAGGAAGAAGUCCCUGGAUCCUCCUAUGCGGCAGCUCGUUGGAGUCGUCGGACGACGGAGUGGGAGGCUGAUGUUCCAAACCACCAAACUUUAGGAUUGCUUCGAGUUGCUUAGGCGUAAGCAGAGGCGGG